AUGGCCACAGCAAUAUACUUCAGGGAUGAGCGGGUGGAUAACUGGAGUGUCUCACCCUUGCCCCACGCCCACCCUCCGUCCCACGCCCACCCUCCCACCCACGUCCACCCUCUGACCCACGCCCACCCUCCGACCCGCACCCACCCUCCGACCCGCACCCACCCUCCGUCCCACGCCCAUCAUUCGUCCCACACCCACCCUCCGUCCCACGCCCAUCAUUCGUCCCACACCCACCCUCCGUCCCACGCCCAUCAUUCGUCCCACGCCCACCCUCCGACCCACGAUAAACCUCAAACCCAGGCCCACCCUCCGACCCGCACCAACCCUCCAUCCCACGCCCAUCAUUCGUCCCACGCCCACCCUCCCACCCACGCCCACCCUCCGACCCGCACCCACAAUCCGUCCCACGCCCAUCAUUCGUCCCACGCCCACCCUCUGACCCACGAUAAACCUCAAACCCACGCUCACCAUCCGACCCACGCCCACCCUCCGUCUCACGCCCACCCUCCGUACCCCGCCCAUCAUCGGAACUACACCUACCCUCUGAAACACGCCCACCCUCCGUCCCCCGCCCAUCAUCAGGCCCACGCCCACCCUCUGACCCACGAUCAACCUCCGACCCACGGCCACCAUAGGACCCACGCCCACCCUACGACCAAUGUCUUUCCUGCGAGCCACGCCCACCCUCUGACCCACGCGGAGCCGCCCACGCCCGCCACACCGCCCCCAGGGGCCGACCCACGAGGAAACACUCGGCCCAUGACCAGGGACGUGAGGGACUUCAGCAUCGUGUCCUUCGGCACCAUCCUCGUGCUGAGCCUUGUGUGGCUCCUGGUGAAGGUGGUCAAGGAUCUCUGGGAGAGGUUCAUGGCCCGACUCGAUGACAAGGCGGAGGGCAUUGUGGAGAGCCUACCAUCGCCUCCAACCGAGAGCAGUGAGGAAGAGGAGGAAAACACUGUUGAGCCUCAGCCAAUGGCAUCUGAUCGAGGCAUGGACGCCUCCUUGACAAUGGACAGUGGGAGUUAUAAAGGUUCAGAGUUUUCUGAAGAAAUGGAUAAUUAA